ACCCCACCAACUACUAACUUCAAACUCUCUCUCAUUCCCCAUUUACCAACUCCACCUCUUCCUCUCCUAUAAAGCACCGUUACGGAAUUAAGUUUCAGACUUUGAUUGAAAGGUGGGCAUGGCGAGGAGAGAUCUCGAGGGUGGCGGUGCUGGAAUCAAGAACAAUAGAACAGACGAAAACUACUCUGCGCCUCAUGUUUACGAAGCUGAGACCCAUUGGACAUCAUGGCUUGUGCCUAUGUUUGUAAUUGCUAAUAUUGCUGUUUUCGUUGUAACCAUGUACAUCAACAAUUGUCCUAAGCACAACCUCGGUCUACAAGGUGGCUGCGUAGCCAGGUUCCUUGGAAGGUUCUCCUUUCAGCCUAUGCAGGAGAAUCCCUUACUUGGUCCUUCCUCUUCAACAUUGACCAAGAUGGGAGCCCUUCGGUGGGAUAAUGUUGUGAAUCGGCACCAGGGGUGGAGACUUGUCACUUGCAUUUGGCUACAUGCUGGAAUCAUUCAUUUGCUAGCUAACAUGUUGAGCCUCGUCUUCAUUGGCAUUCGUCUUGAACAGCAAUUCGGAUUUUUGAAGAUUGGAUUCAUAUACCUGUUGUCUGGGUUUGGCGGAAGUGUAUUGUCAUCUCUGUUUAUCAGAGACCACAUCUCCGUUGGUGCUUCUGGUGCCCUUUUUGGACUUCUUGGCGCAAUGCUGUCUGAACUUAUCACAAACUGGACUAUAUAUUCCAAUAAAGCAAUGGCUUUAGUCACCCUUCUAGUGAUCAUUGUGAUCAACCUUGGCAUUGGCAUUUUACCACACGUAGAUAAUUUUGCUCACAUUGGAGGAUUCCUGGUGGGGUUUCUCCUAGGUUUUAUUAUGCUGCCACGUCCUCAGUUUGGGUGGUUAGAGCAGCGACAUCUUCCAGCUGGUGUUCGUUUGAAGUCAAAGUACAAGCCUUACCAAUAUGUUCUUUGGAUUGUGUCUCUCAUUCUCUUGAUUGCAGGGUUAGCAAUUGCAUUGGUGAUGCUGUUCAGGGGUGAGAAAGGGUAUGACCACUGCCAUUGGUGUCGCUACCUAACAUGUGUACCGACUUCUAAAUGGGAAUGCAGCGAUGACAGCUAAAGAGAAAAUGUUUACUUGCAAUUUCUUUUCUUAUGUGUAUAGGCUAUAGCAAUAGCACUUAGAAUCUUUCUUGUUUUUUGUCUCUUUCGUUUUUUCACCUUUAAAUAAUUGGUUUGCCUUUGUGGAUU